CCCGGAUUCUUCCUCUCGUCUCCCCCAGACAAUCUAUCUCCUCAAAACUACUUCUUCAACUUAAGCGACAUAUAAUACCCCCGUCUCCUCUCCCUUUUACGUCGUGAUUCUAUUAUCCCCUCCGAUCCUUCUAUACCUUGACUCUCCCUCUUCACAUUACCUAAGAUGUCUGAGCUACGCUUCGACAACCAGACCGUGGUUGUCACGGGAGCUGGUGGUGGCUUGGGCAAGGCCUAUGCUCUCUUCUUUGCCUCAAGGGGUGCUAAUGUCGUCGUCAACGACCUGGGUGGCUCCCAUUCUGGCGAGGGCAAGUCGGCCAAGGCUGCCGAUGUGGUCGUGGAGGAAAUCAGAGCUGCUGGCGGCAAGGCAGUAGCAAAUUACGACAGUGUCGAGAACGGUGAAGCCAUCAUUGAAACCGCGAUCAAGAACUUUGGCCGCAUCGAUGUUCUCCUUAACAACGCUGGUAUCCUGCGGGAUAUCAGUUUCAAGAACAUGAAAGAUCAGGAUUGGGAUCUCAUCAACAGAGUACACACAUAUGGUGCAUACAAGUGCGCAAGAGCUGCAUGGCCUCACUUCCGGAAACAAAAGUAUGGCCGCGUCAUCAACACUGCUUCAUCAGCCGGUCUUUUCGGUAGUUUCGGUCAGGCAAACUAUUCCGCGGCCAAACUCGGUCAGGUCGGCUUCACUGAGACGCUGGCGAAGGAAGGCGCCAAGUACAACAUUCUCGCCAACGUCAUUGCGCCGAUUGCCGCUAGCCGCAUGACGGCCACAGUCAUGCCUCCAGAGGUUCUGGAGAACCUCAAACCCGACUGGGUUGUUCCCCUAGUGGCUGCUCUGGUCCACCCAACCAACACUACCGAGUCUGGCGGAAUCUAUGAGGUCGGUGGUGGACAUGUAGCCAAGUUGCGCUGGGAGCGCGCCAAGGGUGCUCUGCUGAAGACCGAUGCCUCUUUGACCCCUGGAGCCAUUGCUAGGAAGUGGAACGAUGUCAACGACUUUUCUCAGCCCAGCUAUCCCACUGGUCCUGCCGACUUCAUGACUCUCUUGGAGGACGGCUUGAAGCUGCCCAGUGCUCAGGGAGGUGAGGAGCCUGACUUCAAGGGCAAGGUGGCUUUGGUCACUGGUGGUGGCAAUGGCCUUGGUCGUGCCUACUGUCUGCUCUUCGCUAAGCUCGGUGCUGCCGUCGUUGUGAACGACCUCGUUGACCCCGAGCCUGUCGUUCAGGAAAUUAAGAAGAUGGGUGGCCAGGCUGUUGGUAACAAGGCAUCCUGCGAAGAUGGCGAGAAUGUUGUUAAGACGGCCAUCGACGCAUUCGGCCGGAUUGACAUCCUGAUCAACAAUGCCGGUAUCUUGCGGGACAAGGCUUUCAACAACAUGAACGACGACCUGUGGAACCCUGUCAUCAACGUCCACCUGCGUGGCACCUACAAGGUGACCAAGGCUGCCUGGCCUUAUAUGCUCAAGCAGAAGUAUGGUCGCAUUGUCAACACUGCAAGCACCAGCGGUAUCUACGGAAACUUUGGCCAGGCCAACUAUGCUGCCGCGAAACUCGGUAUCCUUGGUUUCUCCCGCACACUGGCUCUUGAGGGUGCCAAGUACAACAUUAAGGUGAACACGAUCGCCCCCAAUGCUGGUACCAACAUGACCCGCACUAUCAUGCCCGAGGAGAUGGUUCAGGCCUUCAAGCCUGACUACGUGGCUCCCUUGGUGGCUCUCCUUUGCUCCGACAUCCUGCCAGAGCCCACCACCAAGGGCCUCUACGAGUGUGGCAGCGGCUGGUUCUCCCGCACUCGCUGGCAGCGCUCGGGCGGCCACGGAUUCCCCGUCGACGUCAAGCUUACCCCCGAGGAGGUGGUCAAGAACUGGAAGGCAAUCACCGAUUUUGAGGAUGGCCGUGCGGAUCACCCUGAAGACGGCCAGGCUGGUUCCGAGAAGAUCAUGGCCAACAUGAGCAACCGCAAGGGCGGAGAUGGCGGUAACAGCACUCUGCAAGCCAUCGAGACGGCCAAGCAAGCCACUACGGAAGGAACACCCUUUGACUACGUGGAUCGUGAUAUCAUCCUCUACAACCUCAGCUUGGGUGCCAAGCGCACCGACCUUCCCCUGGUGUAUGAGAACCACGAACACUUCCAGGCUCUGCCCACGUACGGUGUGAUUCCCUGGUUCAACACCGCCAACCCUUGGAACAUGGAAGACAUCGUCGCCAACUACUCCCCGAUGAUGCUGCUGCAUGGCGAGCAGUACAUGGAAGUCCGCAAGUUCCCCAUCCCCACGGCGGCCAAGACCUUGACCUACCCCAAUCUUAUCGACGUCGUGGACAAGGGCAACGCGGCCCUGGUCGUUUCCGGCUACACCACCAAGGACGCCAACACUGGAGAGGAUCUUUUCUACAACGAGUCGACCGUGUUCAUCCGUGGCAGCGGCGGCUUUGGCGGAUCGCCCAAGCCCACUGCUCGCCGGCCCAAGGCUGCCGUCGCAUCCUACAAGCCCCCUCAGCGCAAGCCCGAUGCGGUUGUCGAGGAGAAGACGUCGGAGGACCAGGCUGCGCUGUACCGCCUCAACGGCGACCGCAACCCUCUGCACAUUGACCCCGAGUUCAGCAAGGUGGGUGGAUUCAAGACUCCGAUCCUGCACGGCCUCUGCUCUCUCGGCGUCUCUGGCAAGCAUGUGUUCAGCACAUUUGGCGCCUUCAAGAACCUCAAGGUUCGCUUCUCCGGAGUGGUGCUGCCUGGCCAGACCCUGAAGACGGAGAUGUGGAAGGAGGGCAAUGUGGUUCUCUUCCAGACGACGGUGGUGGAGACGGGCAAGCCUGCCAUCACGGGGGCUGGAGCGGAACUGUUGGAGGGUGCCAAGGCCAAGUUGUAAAACAGCGUCAGGAUGAUCCGGACGAAUCUGAUCAAUCAGAAUGUAUGUACAUAAGCGGUAUGAAAGUAUUCUGUUGAAUUAAGCAAUGUCAUUGAAUGAACUACCAAUACCAACG